AUGCACUAUCAUUCAAAUCAUACCCUACGCAUUUCGAUCAAUCUCCGUCAUUUCUGUGACAGGGUUGUCAAAGAUCCUCCGAAAACCUGCAAAGCAACCGCUCGAGCUUACUUACCCCUUAGUCGAGUCCGGCAGGCCAUGCGGAAAUGUGCGAAGCGCAUCACCAAGAAAAUCUCUAAACUCUUCAAGCGGUCUCGCAACCACAUUCCUGAGAUCCAGAAUGUCGACCUUCAAGACGUUUCAUCGAAUCAGAACAUCGAGAGGGGCUCAGGACAUGUCACAUCCGCACCCUUUGACCGACGACAAGCUUCUCACAGCUGA